UUCCUUUUUUCGUGUAUUGUGGAGCAGAAGUAUUAGACUGGACCAGCCUUGGCGGGUAAACCGCGCGUAAAACUGCAUUUUGUCUUCCAUCUUCCUCUUUAUUGCAUCUUCUUCAAUUUCUGGUACAAGAGGACUAACGACCUUCUUCUUGCCUUCUUCAUUGCUUCUUGUACGUCAAACCCACAUAUUUGAGUAUUAUACUCAUAUUUGAUCCUUUCCUUUGUUCCCUUUUCUUGGAUUCUUCAAAAUCAGCCAUAGUUAUCUUCGGAUUUGUCUCUAAGCUUUUGAUUCUUCCCAGGAUACAAAAUAUAUCAAUUGUGAACUUUCGUGGUCGUGGAUAUAUACAUCAGGAGAUACACUUUCUCCCUUAUCUGAGACAUGGGAAGCCGCUUAGAUCGCCAAGACUCUGAUGUUGUAUUUCAGAGACUUCUUCCGGGCUGUAUGUGGAGCAUGCUUCAUAUUCUUGAUUACCACCACUGGCAUAGAGUCAAAAAGAUGUCUCCACGCAGAAAAUAUAGGAGAGGGAAACAUUCCUUAUGCUUAAGAAAUCCAAAAACUGUUUCGUUUGAGCAUUAUACAGAUGAAUUGCAAAACUAUUUGGAUGCUGAUGCUGUCCCCUUAAUGGACAAACAGCAAACAACAAAUGCUACCCAAACUGAUAGGAUUUCUGGCAAAGCCCGCAUAAAAGCAUUGAUUGCUAAAGAAGCAUCUGCAAGAUCACGGUUGCAGAGAACUCAUUCAAUCCAUCAUUUAGGAACUUCAGAUGGUCUUGAUGGAAUAAGCAGUGAUUGGACAAAUCCAAUCAUAAUCCUCCAUAAGAGUGCUGAUCCUGCUGCCUCUGGAUUGCAGAUUCAAUCUCUGCCAAAAAGCCCAAAGGAAAAAGUCACAUACAGUGGAAAGUAUAAUCUGUCUGACACCAUGAAUGAUCAGGGUUGCUUGAAACAACACUUCCUUUCUGAAAAGCAAGAACUUUCCGCAGAGAAGGGUGAUAAAUUAAUGAAUGCCUCAUUAAACCGGAACUUUUCUGAUGCUAAACAGCUUUUUAGAGGAAUUUCGAGCGCCGGAUUUAUGGAAUAUGUGGAUGUUCUGGAGUUAUUUAAGGUAAACAAGAAGUUGUUCCUGGAAAUACUACAGGAUCCUGAUGUUCAAGCUGCCAAUAACAUCCAUGUUCAGCUGAAUUCCCAUAAAACAGUAAGAUUAAAGAAGUCAGGGUCAUUUCCUUUAGCUGAUUCCCCAAGCACUAGAUUUUUGAGGCCUAGUACACUUGAACACAAGCAGAAAGAAAUUUGGUCCUACCCGAGAGAAGAAAAUUUUCCUGCUAAGAUUGAAGUGCCAAAGUUUGUUGCGUCCAACUCUUCGGAAGAUUCUCAAGAUAAGCCAAUGGGUUUUAAGUCUGAUGAUAGUGGAGUCCUUGCAGUUACUCAGGAAACAGACUUUUCUUCUUUUGCAUCGUCUAAGGGAUCAAAUAAACAUGGGUGGCAUCAAUCAUUUAUGAUUCAUUUGAAGGAUGUUAUGAAGAAAAUAAAACAUACACUCAAAGAGAGCAAAAAGGAGGAUAACCACUCAUCAAUAAAUACCAUACUCCAUGGGGUUCCUUCUAGUUGUAAGUUGUCCACUGAUGAGAAGGAUACUCCUGUAAGGUUGAAGGAGUUUAUAACUCACAUAGAUGGUAAAGAAAACUUCAGAAGUUGUCAUGAAACAAAUGAUUCUGAUAAUGAUCUCAGCAAAGGUCGACUCGCUCACAUAAGAAGAAUAUCCUCUCUAAAUGAAUCGGUUUAUCAGUAUGCUCGGUUGUUUGAGUUCAGUUUAACCAAAGAGGCUAAGUGGCAUGACUAUCAAUCUAAGAGCUUAAAAUUGACAAACGAAGAUAAGUUUCCAUCAACUGGUUAUAGUUUUAAAUCCUUCAGAAGGAGACUUUCUCUGCCUGAUCUUGAAUCCUUUUGUCCCUUGCCAAAUGAGACAUCACACAAUUCACUUCAUUCAGGGAUGCCAAUUAAGACUUCUUUUGAUUAUGAUACAAAUGCCGAGAAUUAUAGUUGUAAUAACUUGAAGUCAGUAAGCAUAGGCGUAGAUAGAAAACAAUUUGAACCACCAGAAUCUUUUGAACAGGCUGAACUUCAGAAAAACAUGGUAGAGGGACCCAACAGCUGCAAGCAAAAUGAAAAUUCUGGUGAUCCAAUAGUAGGUAUUGUGGAGGAAAUUUCCAACAUUGGAGAACAGUAUGAGGAAACAGUUGAGCCAGAAAAGCAGAAGUGUAGUCCUUGCCAAGAUCAGGAGAAAGGUUCCGCGAUAAUCUUCAGCGAGGAGCAUGACCAAAAAGGUCCUAAUUCAGUUACUAAGGAGCAUUUUAAAGAUGAAAUAACUAGCCAAACUGAGUGCCUAGUCUCAGAAGGUUGUGAGUUGGAAUCUGGGCUCGUUUGUAUUGAUGAACCAAAUACUUCUGUCGAUCUACAAGACAGGUCCAGCAGAGGUUCCUGGACAGGAUGUAGCAGUUUAGACUGUGAGAAGGAUGAAAAUGCAUACACAAUGGCUGGUGAUCACCCCUUUCACUUUGAAUCAAAUGAACUAGAUGAUACUGAUUUCAGUUAUGUGAGAGACGUUCUUGAAGUAUCUGGCUUCAUUGAGCAAGGGUGUCUCGGGACCUGGCACUCGCUAGAACAGCCAUUAAGUCCCACAUUGUUCAAGGAAUUGGAGGCUUAUUUACACCGUGAAUUGGAAUGCUCUUCAGAGGACGUUGGAAGCAAUUGUGAUCACCAGCUUCUGUUUGAUUUGAUCAAUGAGGUGCUACUUCAGAUAUAUGAGAGCUCAUUGGCCUACUUCCCAAAUUCCUCCUCCACUCUACGUUUGCGUCCAUUACCCAAGGGAAACCAUACUCUUGAGGAAGUCUGGAAAAGAAUUAGCAGGCAUCGGAGCCCAAGAUUAAAGAAAGAGCAAUCAUUGGAUGAUAUCGUGGCUCGAGACUUGGCAAAAUAUGAUAAUUGGAUGAACCUUCAGUUGGAUGUUGAGGACAUAGCACUUGACCUUGAAGAUUUGAUUUUUGAUGAACUUCUAGAUGAAGUUAUGCGUUCAUGAGGAAGUCAAGGCCAGAUAUGAAGCUACCUUCAUAAGGAAUUCUUGUGCAUCUGCAUCUAUGUCAGCCUUGUAUAUGAAAAUUUUGUUUCUUCACAAAUCAUUCUUUCUUUUUCAAGGAACAUCUUGGUUUCUUGAUUGCCACAAAUGCAGGGAAUAAGAAAUAGUUGUAAUGUUGCAUUAGCUUUCUUGGAUCCUUUCUAUUACAGGUUUUCAAGUUUUCUUGAAUGUGAAAUUUAGGAAGAAAUAUUGAUAUCUUGCAUCGUGCAGGCAUAGUUCGAUGUAAUGUAUAGGUUUGUGGGGACUCUUGUAUGUAAUAGUAAGGUUAUUGGAAGAGCUUGUUUAUUCUUUGA